CAGAGACGUCAGUUCAACUCCUGUUGCCGUCUAUACUCGAGUGUCGCAUGGUGCUCUACUCGGUAAAUGCAAAAGUGAACGGUUUAGCCAGAAAUCAGGCAUUCAUUAGUGACCGAAAUUCUCGAAAGAGUGUGAAAUCAGCUGGACAAGCCGUUGAAAAAUAUCGAAUAAAAGUUGAAAAUAAAAUCAUCCAUCGUAAUGAAUUCUUAUAAUCGAUUCAGUGUGAAAGCAGUGUUAAUGAGUGUAUUUUAGUGGCUUAUAUUGUAGACACCAGUUGAUUCAUAUCCCCAAGAACUCCAAGGAAAUCCGAGUAAAUAAAUACUGCACACCUAAGCAGUUGAGUCCCCCUCAAGGGGACAAAGAAACCUCGAUUCGACCACUUUUUUUCAUUUGUUGACUCACUUCUCCCUGUACAACCGCGCAAACGAGGUGCGAUCAAGGUUCCACGCGUGCGUGAGUUCCCAAAAGUGUUGCUCUGUAAUAACCAACCUAAAACAAUUAUAGUCCAAUGAUCGGAGUAAAUUAGUUCAUAACAAGUUUGUGGAGUUAUUAAAAAUCAUGGGGAAGCCCUGUAUCAUGUUGUUCUGUCUGUUGACCCUCGUGUGGGCGAAGAAAGACGAUUUUUCGAGCAUCGACAAGCUGAGGAAUGAUCUAUUCCAACUGAAGGGCGCACACGAGAAGUACAUAACAGGUCGUAAUGCUGAUGAUGACAGUUACAUGCGUCUCAUCCGGACAUACAACGAAUUUGGCACGAAAAUCGAUGAGGAAUCGCCAUGGACUGGCCAGAGACAUCUCAAUUCAUUGAAUUCCCUGUGGCUCUGGGCCAGGGUUCAAUCCCAGAUGAGGACUGUCGAUGGAUUGUAUCUGACAUUCAGGCAGAUGAUGCACGAUGCCGUUUCCAAGAGGCAGAUCCUGAAAAUUCAAUCCUGGGUCGACUUUGCUGAUGUUAUUCUCAGCGACCCGACUGUCGCGGUACCAGAUACCCUCAACCGCAUAUCCGACAUUAUAAUUAACGAGAACUUGUUUCACGCUGCUUUUCAGGAAGCAUCAGCACAAAUUUGCAACGAACAACAGUCCCCCCAACAGCUGCUAUACAAUUUAUACACCACAAUUGCUCUGGCUGAAGUAAAGGGGUAUGCUAUGAUGCAGUUCUCUUACAGUAUACUACACUUAUAUAAGAAUGGUUCUUUUGAUGGGGAGAGGGAUAGAAUUAAGGAGGAUUAUUCUACGAGAACUUCAAACACUUUGAAGGCUGUGCGCAUUGCUAUGGCAUUUGCACCCAGAGAUUUGUGGAAGUGCGACCCUAAUAUCCAUACAGAAGGCACAACAUACACAGAAUUAAAACAAUUAUUCCAAGGGUAUAUAGUGAAUGAAGUGGAUCUGAAUCCAUCAUCAACUUGUCGUGAAAACUGUGCGUAUUACUCGUACGCCAAGGUUCAUGGAUGCUACGAUAAUCUGUACUGUUCCCAGCAGAGGAAGUGCAAUGGAAAAGUUCUGAACUGUCAGUAUUUCGACUCUGAUAUGUGGAUUUGUCCUUCAGCAAAACACAGCCACAGAAGGUACGAAUACAUUCAAUACGAGAAUGGAGAUCUAUUCGGCAACAAGGGAACCUGCAAAAGUCCAUUAACAAAGGUCGACAGCUGGUGGCGUUGGUUGUUCUGGCACUGUAGCUAUUGCAUGUGCUUCUGCGACGAUCACAACUCGAGUUCACAGCGUUACUUCAGUCUUCGCGAUAUUAUAUCGGAUGUUGUCAAUAACAAGGUCAUAACUGGACUGCAAUUGAGGAAAGUCAAUGGAAUAAUCCACAUGCAGAUUCAGCAGGGGGUAUUGGCAUCUCGUGGUGACAUUCCGGUGUCCAGUGUUGAGUGGAAGCCAGUGGAUAAUUUCACAAUUUUGGAUCGGGGUGUUGUCAAUGGCAGGGAUUUCCAUACACUGUCUUGGGAGAAGAGGGCCAUUGAUCUUGAUGAUCUGUUUGCAUCUGAUGGCGAAGUUCUUACUGGAGUCAGAUGGAGAAUGGUAGGAGCGCACCUGAACUUUGAAAUUCGAGUUACACCUUUUAAUUUCACUUCUGGACAGCUAAUUAAGCCUUUGGAAAAGAGUAGAUGGAUAAGUAACGAUAAAACAGAUAAUGAUCACAACUCCAAAGACAGAAGAACUGAAUUAAAAUUGAAUCAGCCCGACAUUCCAAUUCGUACACGCGGCCCAAAUUUCCCAGAUUCAGAAACCAAUCAAUUCCUGAAUUUUGGGCCAACUGAUCUGCGAAAGGACGCAGCCCAGACGACAGUCCCCUUCCUAGAUACUCAACCAGUGAUCACUAAUCCUCCGUUCCCUCUAUCAGGGGCUGGAAUCUUCCACAAGGGACGUGAUGGCUAUGGUGGUUUCAUAGCCAUUAAGCUCAUAACGUACAAUUUUACGGAGCAUAUUCGCGCUGAUCUGCCACCACCACCACCUGUCCUUGGACUGAACGACAUCCCAGUCGUCUAAUUCAAUUUCAAACUAUCACAAGUUGCAGGCAAAGCCAUUCGAACCAAAAGAGCGAACUGAUGGUGAUAAUAGAUUUUAAAACCAUUUAAUUAUUUUUCAUUGACAAAAUUGAAGGUCAAUCUCUUCACAGAGUAUUUGACUUGUGAAUUUUGAGGAAAGUGUCAGAGAGUCUUGACAAUAUGGUAACCAAAAUGUCGUCUGACAUUUUUGAAUCCAUCAGUUUUUGAAACAUUGUUUGUAACAGUUAUCAAGAGAAAAAUAUUUUUAUUGCAUCAA